CCAGAUACUAAAAAUUUUUGAAAAAAUGCUGUCAAUGCUGUAUAAUGAGUUCAGUGAAAACUUGGUAAGCACGGUAAUCUAUAUGCAUCGAAUGGGGCAGGUUUAAACUUAAAUAUUUCAAGUCAUUAGUUCUGAAUUCAACUUUAGUAUUAUAGAACUGGCCUGGCAAUAUAACAACUGGUCAAACUAGUAACAACUCCUUUUAUAGCAACUCGACAUUUCGAAUACUGGGAUAAUUAUCAUGUUUAGAUUCUAGUAUAUUACCUGGAUGUCCUAAUACAAUCUAUUAAUACAAUGAUUACAAUAAUCCUAAGGUAAUAUGAUUCCAUGGUCUAAUCUAAUGCUAUUAAAUUACAGGUCUGAUGACAGGUGGUUUCAUUCAUUUUAAAUUGAACAUUGCAGUACCUUGAAAACUGUUAUUUUCUGAAAGUUUACAGAGAUUGGAUGAUUACACCAUAAUUAGAUUUUCAGAUUAGAUUAUCUAGUAAUCAUCAACAUCUAAUUAUCUUGUGAAUCAUCAUGCAAUAAACUCAAACAAUGCUGCAAAAUAUGAUGAGUUAUUACAAAAAUGAAAGUACUCAACGUGAUGGAAGAAAUUGCAAGAGUGAAGACGCAUAAGUGGAAUGAUUUCAACUAUAACAGUAAAUUGGAUUCGACCGGUCAACAAUCUGAAUCGUGCGACUGACAAUCUUAGGACUCUAAAAUUCCUUGGGCAUUUCCAACGUUUAUAGCUGCGAUGCCAAGAAUUCCGCAGACCCUUGUCGCCUUGCCCACGAGGGAAUCCAGUUCGGUAACGUAAGUGGUUUUUAAGGAGCCGUGUUAUACCGCCGGACGGUCCGCACUUCGGGGAUUUCCGGGGAAAAGUUUGCCGACUUAUCUCACCGUUUCUGAAGGCUUACGCCGUGGAUGGAGUUUUGAAAUCUCCUGGGAAGCGGCCAUUAUAGUGCGGGAAAUGACAGAGUAUUGGCUUAGCCGGUUCGGAUCGCAUGCAAGCCCUGAUACCACCCUCAACUCGAGCGGAAACGCCGCUUCUUGCUAACAACUAUCGCACGUAAAAAGGAUCUCUUUAGUUUUCCGCAUCGAAGGAUCCUAUUAAGGGGAAGAAUUCGAGCGGACCGAGGGAGUUUCCCGAUCCCAUCAUUACACAGACGGCACCUCGCGGCCUCGAAGAGACCAAAACCAACCGCUGCUCUCGCCGAGGUCUCGAGAUCACCGAGGAGCUGGGAACCCCCGGAGAAAAUGUCCCACGUAACGCACAACGGGCGAUCCCAGCCCACCAAAGCCAGACGGGAGGAGACAUGAAACUGUCGGUAUCGGCGUAUCGAGCUCAGGCCAGUGCUCACAAGAAGAUUCUGUGCAGUUAUCAGCACCAGCUGAGCUACGGCGCCACCAGCCAGGCCGGGGGCCCUCGCACUCCGUCCGACCCCGCAGCGGGCCUGAAUUUCAAGGUGGAUCGGGCGGAGAACGACGCGGGCCGGGCGGGUGGGCUGGGCCCACCAUCAGUCCACGGUCACAAGCCUGGCGGGUCGGGUUGUGGGUCAGGGCCUGGAUCCAGGAUGGUCCCAGGGCCAGACUCGGGGAGCAGCGCGCCGUCCUCGGUUCCUCACUCCUUGGCCACAUCCCGAGACGACGAAGACGACGACGAGGAUGACAGCAGCAGUCGACGGCAGGGUGGAUCGAGAUCAUCGGAAAGGUAUCGUCGCCGAGCUUCGCUCCGGAAAUCAAUGAGCAACGGGCUUGCCGCGACAUCAACCGCGUCCAACUCUCUGGACAGUGCAGGCGAAGCUGCAGUUGCCGAAGCUGCGAAACGGCCACGAUGCACGCGAGGCUCGCAAAAAUGGAGCAACGUCCGUGCCGUGAUGACCCUAUAUUCUUCACUCCGUAAGAUCAAGAGAACGAAGAGUAACCAGCGGUGGAUGAAACUGCGAACCACGGUUCAGCUGUCAUCGGCAAUAUCAACAAUUCAAAAGAAGCCUCCAUUGAAGCGCGAGGAUUCGUUCCUGAAGCGAUUUUCCACCCGACAAAUACCGGAAAGUCAGGAAACUUUGGACACCGCUGAAGGUGAAGGCGAUGCAACGGACGACAAGGAUUCGGGUGUUCGCAGAAGACGUCCGCGGAGGACGCAACGCCCGCCAAAAACUGUCGUGAAUCCAGACGAAAACUUCUAUUAUUACUGGUUGAUGCUUUUGUCAACCUGCGUUCUAUAUAAUUUAUGGACACUGAUAGUGAGACAAAGUUUACCUGAACUCCAAGCCUUGGCACCGGCUGCUUGGCUAGCAUGUGACGGAUUUACCGAUGUAGUUUUUUUUCUCGACGUUGGUGUGCAGUUUCGCACCGGCUACCUUGAGCAAGGACUGAUGGUGUAUAACAGUAAAAAAUUAGCCGGACACUACUUCAAGUCGAAAUCGUUCAUACUGGAUUUGCUCGCGUUGCUGCCGUUGGACCUUUUGCAAGUGAAUCUCGGCAGUAACCCGUUGUUAAGGUUUCCUAGAUUUUUAAAAGUUUAUCGAGUGUACGACUAUUAUUACAUGGUGGAAUCGCGAACAGUAUACCCAAACUUCUGGAGAGUUUUAAAUCUAAUUCACAUUCUGUUAAUACUCGCUCAUUGGUUUGGAUGUUUUUAUUAUUUACUAAGCGAAGCUGAAGGCUUCCAAGGAGACUGGGUGUAUCCUUACAGGCCAGGAGAAUACGCCACUCUGACCAGAAAAUAUUUGGGAUCCCUUUACUGGUCGACCCUAACGUUGACUACCAUCGGUGACUUGCCUACGCCAGAAACUAACGCCGAAGUCAUGGCGGGUGGCAAUCCCCGGAGCCUCGCUCGACGUGGCCGACUGUCCCGGCUUCUGCAGUUCAAGCAUAACGGAGGGUACGUCUUCACCAUUGUCAGCUACCUCAUCGGAGUGUUCAUAUUCGCUACCAUCGUCGGGCAAGUUGGCAACGUAAUAACGAACAGAAACGCCAAUCGUUUGGAAUUUGAAAGGUUACUGGACGGUGCCAAGACUUAUAUGAGGCACCACAAGGUUCCCGGAGGCAUGAAAAGAAGAGUGUUAAGAUGGUACGAUUACAGCUGGUCACGCGGAAGAAUUCAAGGCGGAGGUGACAUCAACACGGCACUAGGAUUGCUACCAGAUAAAUUAAAGACUGAGCUCGCGUUGCACGUCAAUUUGUCCGUCCUAAAAAAAGUUACCAUUUUUCAGGAGUGCCAACCGGAAUUUCUUCACGAUUUAGUUCUUAAAAUGAAGGCGUACAUCUUCACCCCAGGGGACUCGAUAUGCCGGAAAGGUGAAGUUGCUAGAGAAAUGUUUAUAAUAGCCGAUGGGAUCUUGGAGGUGAUCAGUGAAACUGGAAGGGUUUUGACCACUAUGAAAGCAGGCGACUUUUUCGGGGAAAUUGGUAUUCUCAAUUUGGAUGGACUAAAUAAGCGUACGGCGGACGUGAGAUCAGUUGGUUACUCAGAAUUGUUCAGCCUUUCUCGGGAGGAUGUUUUGGGGGCGAUGAAGGAUUACCCAGAGGCUCAAGAAAUUUUACAAAACCUGGGCCGAAAGCGUCUUAUGGAGGCUCAGAGAGUGGCCAGAUCCGUCAGACAGCCGACGUCCCCGGGACACGACUCGUCCGACAAUAGCACCGGAAAAAGAAUCGUUGACAAGUUGAGGAGCGACGUUAAGGGUCUUAAAAACGUCCUCCGCAAAAGCAGGCGAAACACCAGACCCGAGGAGAGUCUGGAAUUGCAACCGUUGGCGCCGAAAGCUCCGAUGCUGCGACGCCAAACGAAAGUCGACGCGGACGCGCACGAAGUAUCGGCUUCGAGUAACGCCGAACCGCCGGUAUCGCCGAUCGGCGCAGGGCUGCCACUUUUGUCCAGGUUGAGGCUACUGAAGGAAAAACAAGAACGCGAGGAGAAGAAGAAUGUAGUCGAAACGCAAAGCGCCCCCGUAGAGCCGCAGACGACACAAGUUCCCGAAGCUCAAAAUCCGACGAAUCAGAACUUGCCGCUUCUGCAGAGGAUACUUCUGUUGAAGGCUAAAAAUGAUCAAGAAACGACGUCGGACAAAGAGGGACCCGCGAAAGAACCUCUUUUACCGAAAAAUUCUAUACCGGAAGAAACGGUUGAGAUGGAACGGAACCAGGAGGUAAUCCAAACUGCCGUUGCGGAAUCGUCCGCGAAAUCGCCGACUGCCUCGACCGAGAGCGGCGGCAGUAUAGUUGGUAAAAAACCGUGGAGCAUGCUGAAAGAUGCCUCUUUGAAAACGCGAGAUACGAAGAAGAAUCGCUCUCCGCAAAUAAGUCCGCCGGUUCGAAGGUUACGAGUGAAACGAAGCUUGUUGCACAUUCGGCAGCAGACUAAGAUGUACGCUUCGGUCGACGACUUAUCCCCCGAAUAUUGCGGAUUACCCUUUGUCAAGAAGUUGAAAAUUUUAAACGAACGGCAGAAGUUGGCUGAACUGGAAAAAGCGGUCAGAAGUUCAAGCUUGGAUUGCACAGAGCCGACGGAUAUUGAAUUCGAUAGUAAUCUCACAAGAAGUCACUCAGAGGCAUGUGCCAUCGAGUACGCAAGGAAACUGGCUAAAUUAAAUCAGGAUCAGGCAAUCACUUUCCAAAAUCAGCUUUCACCCGAGAAUGAAACUUUAGAACGGCGGAAUCUGAAAAGCAUACUUAAAAAACUGUCAGCCGAAAGUAGGACAGGAAGCUCGGAAACUUCGACCACGAGUAUACCAGACAAAAAAACGGCUACCGCCGAAUUACGGAAGUUGAUGCGGGCACCAACGAUCGAAGGCUACGCUGCGAGGCAUUCCAAGCUAUCAAAAAGCGUUACCUUUAAUAAAUAUACUCUGCAGAGCCCGCCGUCCGAGCAACCAAAUAACACGGCUAUCGGGGAUCAUCAACAUCAGCCACUUCCACAAGAACCGAAUCCACUGCCACCGCCUCCUACUAGUAAGCUUAACUUCCGUCCAAUAAGCAGUGGCAACAUUCUCCAAAUAGUUUCAGGAGCACGGGAGGAUGAAUACCUCGGUGAACUUGUCUCCGGGAUUCGCGAAGUGAUUCAGGCUCGAUUAGAAGACAUCCAAAGUAAAUUUGAACGUCAAUUUACUUCAUUGGAAUCGGAGAUUCGAAAACGAGACGAGAUCAUCUCCCAAUUGCAGGCAAGAAUUCAGGAACUGGAGCAACGUGAAAAUCCACACGUAGACGAAUCUCGGGACAGUACCGAACCCGACACGUCUAUGGAAGAAGACAUAGCUGAGGAUCAUCCAUUCAUGCGAGAUGGAUCGGUGGACACGGUUUUGACAGCCCAACCGGAAAUGAGACGGGGAUCUUCGAUGGCGCCGACGCAUAACAGAAGAUCGUGGGAGGAUCAUUCGGAGGAGGAGACGUUAGAGCUGCAAGAUUUGCCUAGAUCGAUCAGUCCGCAAUCAUUGUGGAGGGACGACGUGGUAAUAGACGUGGAAUCGAGCAACGAACCAUCGAGUAACUCCGAAGACGAGAAGCAGGGUCAACAUCAAUCUGAUCAUCGUCAGACUGACGAGAAUUACGACGAGGAGGACGACGAGGAUGACGUUGACGUUGACGACGAUGAGGACGACGGGCAUAAUAAUUGGGAGGUUGCAAUGCUGGCUGAAGAAUUGGAGGCCAGGCGGAGAAAUAGCGAAGGAUCUAGUCCAGGUUCCUAGCCCAUUAAUAAAAUUCUAGAAGUAUUGUAUUAUUACUCAAAUACAACUGAUUCCAGAGAACAGCCAUGUCCUUCGAUCAAACGGGGUAGUGCAGCUUUUUGUAAUAACAAUUAUCCUUGUGUGAGUUGCAAGGAUAUACACAAUUGUCGCGAGACCAUGCUCUGAGGAUACGGCAAACAAUUUGUAGGACUCUGAAAGUUAUCCUGGGACUGUAUCUUUUUCAUAGAUAUACAUGUAUAAAAGUACGAUACGGGUAAGAAACAAACCCAUUUUUGUUAACGAAUUUAUUUCUCUCGCGUAGAUUGAGCAAGAUCAAUAUCCUCGUGAAACAUCUUUGUCAUUUCCAUAACGAUUUCUAUACUUUUCAUUAUUUUGUACCUAGAUAUAUUUUCGUAUUCCAUAACUAUCUUCUACCGCAUGUAAGUAGCAGAUUUACAUGGCAUAAAAACGUAAAAAAGUUUUACACUUAAUUUUGAAAUAUUAUGCGUCGUCGGUCAGAGCAUUGUUUUUUUUUCUUUCAAAAUAUAUAAAAAAAAUUCAAAGACAAGUAUUACGUUUAAUUCGCAAUGUUUGCUAAUCAGCCAAAAGCUAAAUAUGCAGAAAAGUGCCAGAAGUGUUGCCAAAAAUAUCUUACAAUUCGGCUCAAUUAGGAUUUAAAGAAGGUAAAUAGUUAUCAUGUGAUUAAUAUAUUACAUAAUUAAUGAGCCAAAAUUGUACCAAAAUACUUAAUAUCUCUUAUAAUAUUACCAAUUUCAUCUCACAUUCAAAGAUGAAAAGAAAUUUAUAAAUUGCAUUAUUUCUUGUGGAUUUUCCUGUACGUGCCAUUCAAUUGAUAUCUUAUUUUAGAAAAGCUGCACUACAAAAAAUAUUUCGAGUACUACAUGAACUAAAUAAAAUAAUUUUAAAUACAAGUAUAAAAUAGUUAAACCAAAGAAAAAGAAAAGAAAAUAAAAUAUAUUAUGUAUACUGACCAGACCAAGCUCAAUAUUUCUAGAGUCUUUACAAAACACAACUAUUAAAUAAAUAACUAUAUUAAGUAAAUUCAUAUGAAAAUUAAAAAAUAAUAAAAAUUAAAUUAAAUUAAAUACAAUAAAAAACUAUCAAAAACUUGUACAUACUAGCCUAUUAUUUAUUUAUUGAUAAGCAAGAGAGAAGGGUUUAAUGAACACAGAGUGCAUUUUAGAUGCUCAUACAUGUACCUCGAUACAGAUGAAAAGAAUAUACAAUAAAAUAAACAUUGUUUUCAGAGGA